CACCCCACUGCGCUUCUCAAGCUCUUAGGUAUCAGCCAUGGGGGGAAACAAAUAUGCAAAUAUUUGCCACACUUGGCUCCACUUCCCAGAGGUUCGGUGGCGGCGAGCGCAAACAGGAAGACACACGUAAGCAAAAUGGACCCGAUUCCGCGAUGUGUUGAUUCAUCUGUUGAAUCGAGGACUCAACAUGCUCGGCUGAACAUGCUUAUUUUGGCAGACCCCCCCCCUUCCCCCUGUUGUUGCAUUAAGAAUGCCACUGCCUUGUUUGGCCCUCUGCGGCUGCUCAAAAUCCACAAUAACACAAAGGAGGUUGUCUUCAUUCGUCCCGGUUUCACAGGGAGAAAUGACAUUCCUGACUCAUGCUGAUGUCUUGCCCAGUAAAUGUGAUUACAGAGGUUGAAGCGCUCUCCUCUUCUGUGAGUUAGAGCGGAGAGAAAGCCUCUGUGUCUAUCUUUUUGUUUAAUGAGUGCGUGUGUGUGUGUGCGCUCGGCCCAAAAGGGUCGGGUUCCUCUCGGACCCAGCGCUCGCCCACAGAAACACCACAGGAAGCGUUCAAUGAGUCUCAGAGUCCCGGGACCGAGCGAGAGGUGUCGGCGUCGGAGUGAAGCCCUCCCAGUUGGGGGGGGGGGGGUGAUGUUGGCUGCGCAGCCGUGUGGGGGCCGUCCGCAGGCAGAAGCACACGGAGCAUGCUCAGAUCCUGUGACGGAACUCACAGAAGAAGAGAACCCGCACUUACAGACAAACAACUGGAGCUGUUUGAAAAAGUGUCACCCCGACAGUGGACACCAGCGGGUUUCCAUGUCUGCCUCCUCCACGCCUCCCACAGACGGCCCCGGGCUGUGGCAGCUGUGGAGCAUCCAUCUCUGCCCGCUCUGUCACUUAUACUGUCUCUCGAAGUUCAUCAUAAGGAAAUCAUUUCUCAUAAGGCGGGCGCUGAGGCCACUAAUGUUCAGACAUAUCAAACACGACUCGCAUGAAGCAGACGGAACAGUGAUCCUACAUCUAUCUUUCUGCUCUCCUAAGGCCUGUGUAUAUUCAAACAUCAUGUAAGAAGGAUUAGGGCAAAACUUGAUAUUCUGGCGAACGCCAGAUGAAGAUAUCGUGAAAGCUGGCCUCACUGGUCUGCGAAUUAAAAGCACUUGUGUGGUUUAACUUUCUCCAGACUUGUGAAUACCAAAGAAGGCCGUUCUAGGAAGUGGUGGGUUCUGGUUUAUGUCCCGUCGGUGUUUUGCAGCUGCUCUCUACUGCCCCCCGAUGUUGAGCGUGCGGCACUGACCAGCAUUACACCACUGGCCCCCUGGUUUCUCCCUUUUAACAAUGCACAAUAAUUACCAACAGACCCUCACACUAGUUCUCAACAACGCAGAACCGUCAAAUUUACAUAGAUUACGGUUUUGUCCUCUUGAAUUCUUGAUUCCAAGAAAUGGCUUGCAGCUGUCUUUAAGUGGGAGUUUCCUUUUCUAAUGUGCGUGCCCCUCACCUCGCUAAAGGCACUGUAACAUGCGUCCUGGCCUCUGAGACCGGCCGUGUCAGCGCGAUGAGCUCAUCUCAUCUGCCACCAAUUGCGAGGACAGGUUGCUCGCUCCGUAUCAGCUCCUCUCGCAGUGGGAACCGUCAUGUGGGUCCGUGAGUGACAUGGGCAUAAAGGCACUUUUCACUCCACUACAAAGGCUCUUCAACCAUGCACUAAGUCUGUCAAUAGUCAACCGGCCUCCCACUGAAAUUGCCUCAAGGUGCUGUACUUUGUGCCUGGCAAUAGAGUCUUUCAGGAACUUUUCUACCUGAAAAGCUCAGGGAAAACACAAUGAUCUAAUUUUGUGUAUAUUUGCUGCCAGUAUGUCCUACGGGAAAAUGUUUAGUGUAAUUAGAGAACAGUUACUGCAAGUUAAAAGCCUAAUUACAGUGAUUUUGUACGGUCAGCUUCCAUUCACUGAUCACGCCGGUGAACUGGGUAAUGCAAUACAUUAGAACUGGAAGCUAGGACGUCGGACAGCUGCAAUAACCUGAGGAGCUUUAAGAAAGAGGCUUAAGUUCCUAAUGACUGACUAACAGAAAUGAAAGAAAGUGGGAAACGUAAAGUCAGGUUUCCAGGAGCAAACAGCAGCAGCUUGGUUUCACCACGACGAGAUAACGCAGGUUACAGUACCAGCAGCGCCGGAGGGGCAAUUAUUGCCAUCGCCUCGCUGUCACGUUAUGGGCGUGAGAAAAAACCCGUUGAUAUCAUCUUUUCGCCCGAGCCCUCGCUGUGGGUGGCGUGGCAGCGCGCCUUAAUCUGAUGCGCAGCGACUCACCGCGUAGCGCGGGGCAGGACCGGGCCUGUGGAAUGAAGGAAGUGUCACCUGACGCCAUGGGGGCUGCACUGAGAACGCAUCCGUCGGCCCAUAUUCUCACCUGUUUCCAAACAUGCUGCUCACGCUGUGAGCUCAUGACAGGUGACCCACAGAGAACCUGUACACGGAGGUAAUAAUAAUAAUAAUAACACAAUCACAUGCCCCCAUGCAUAAACACAGCCAUUGGACAUGCACACCUAUUAUUAGCAUCCCUUCCAUAUAUUGUAAUGCAUGUCCACAUGCAUGUAUGCCUGGCGUAUCUGGCCCCUCGAGUCCACAAUGAUGCUGCUUAGCAUAUCAAAGCUGCUGAGUGUCCACCUGACCCUGAGAGCAUUCAUUAACGCCCUUUGUUCACUCUCCUAAGCAACACAUGUCGCAGAUGAGCGUUUCUGUUCUGUAGCGUCUCCGCUGCAGCCUGUGCGGACGUUUCCCUUCUCCCCGAUGGGCCUGAGGACGGGCCUUCGGCCGCAGUGAGGGGUGCGUGCUGCCCGGGAGCCCCCGCUAUGGCGCACGCUAACGAUGCUAACGGGCAGAGGCCCUGCGCGCGCCCGUGGCGGCGGCGGUGGUGGUGGAGGAGCGCUCGGCGCCUUUCGCGCCGGCUCUUUCGCUGCCGGUGUUUGUGCCGCGAGGCGAAGGAGCCUCUGCGGGGGCAGGAAAAGCGGAUUAACGGGGGCCCGCGGCAGCUCGGCGCGGAUAGAUGGGGAUCAGGUGAGAAGGAGGCCGUCCAGAUUACUGUGGAGGAUCUGGGGAUAGUUAACUGCAGCUUCGUCCUGUCUGAAGAGGACCCCCUGACCCGGAGGACCAGCGCGGCCCGCUCAGCCGGCUCGGGGUCCGCCUGCCACACAGCUGAGAAAAAGAAACACAGACCUCUGGGUUCACUCCCUUUACAGCUCCAGGCUGAACCUGCCACGACUUCUACCAGUGGAGAAGAUGGUGAAGAUGAGGAGGAGGAGGCUGAAAGUCUGCUGACACCACCUGUCAUUAAUCUCAUCCCUCCCACCCCCUCCGACGUCGUUAACGACCGCUUUUUUAAUAACUCAGAGGAGAGUGUGGCGCGUAGAUCUGGCAGCGAUGGAAGCCCUGCUCCCACUGAGCGGAAGAGCGAUGGGGAAAAGACGGAGAGUGAGGAGGCAGAGGACUCAACGGAGGGACGCAGAGAGGCCGGGAACGAUGCUGGAGCGGACGGUGGUGCUGAGGCGGGAGGGGGCCCGGGGCACGAGGGUGAGGAGGACAGAGGGGAUGUGCCACGUAGCUCCUACCAGGUGGCUCCUCUGCCCGAAUACCCGCAGAGAAAGAGCUUCAACACUGGAAUAAACCUUUUAUCAUUCACUGAGCUCAACUUGGACGACCUGAGCGGCGGCGACCGGCCGUGCGCCGACAUGGUGGCGACUGACGUGCGCGGCCUCCAUCCCGCUGCCAGCGCGCGGGCCUCUGCUCACCGAAGGACACCCGUAACUCACUCCAGCCUCCUUGGGGAAACAUUGACCAGGAGCGCCACAUUCCACGGAUUAACCCAGGCCACGGCGCAGCGCCAGGAGGAGGGGUCGCCGCGGCAACGACGCAUAACCGUGGCGUCGUACAUGCCUCAGCCCCGGGACCAGAAUGGAAACUUCCCUGAGAAGGACGCAGACGAGCGCGCGACCAAACCUCUCAGGGAGCUGAGCACCGACGGACUCUGCCGGUGGUUUACCAGCAUUGGACUGGAGAGAUGCCUCCCUUUCAUCAGGGAAGCCAAACUGUGCGGCGCAGACAUAGCAUCAGUCGACGCCAACACUCUGGACAUCCUCCACGUCACCACGCUGGAAGACAGAGAGCAGUUACUGUCGGCCAUUUAUGCCGAGCUGCACCCUCCCAGCACCACCAGCCAGAGACUGGACUCUCUGCUGGAAACAUUAGGCCCCAAUCAUGUGGAGACUUUCGCCGCCACGCUGGUGUCCAUGAGCAAGUCCAGGUCAUCGCCUCACGUGAGCUGCCUGAGUCUGAACCGACGUUCCCUCAAAGUCAGGAACAACAGCCAGAGCUGCAACACACAGCUGAUAGAGGUCACUGUCACGGCGUCAGAGAGAAUAGUUCAUCUCCGGACCCCAAAGGAAACGACCGUGGGAAAGAUCAUGGACUCGUGUAUCAAAAUGCUGGGAGCGACAGAGGACAAGUGUCUGUUCACGCUGAGAGAAAAGCACAGCUCAUUGGAGGAACUGAUGCCGGACCAGCAGGUUGGGGGUCUACUGACGUCGGCAUCAGACAACGCACAAGUGGAGCUGCUCCUGUGUAAACUGGAGAAACCAGCGAGUCCUGACUCUUCAAAGAGUCCAGACGUCGACAGCGCCAAUGAAAAUGGCAGCAGCGACACAACCCUUCAGUCAGAUAAAGAAAAGAGGAUCAGAGAGUUGAAACAACAGGUGGACUCGCUCCAAAACGUCAUCCUUCAGGUCCAGGAGCUCCACCUCAGCCUGGUAGCGUUUUGCUCAGAGCUGAAAAGCAUGGACGGAGACGUGAACGCGGACGAGCUCGGCGCUGACGAGCUGCAGCGGAGGCUGGAGUUGGUCCAAAGCCGAGUGAGCGACAAGAAGCAGAGCCUGCGAACCCUCCGAGACCACAUCAGCAGAUCGGCUGCUCACAAGACCAACCAGCUGGAAGUUCAUCUCCUGGAAAAGAUGAAGUUGAACUGCCAGGUGUUCAAGGAGGAAAUCUCCCUGGUGCAUCUCAACCGACAGGUGGCUCAGCUCCAGAGCGCUCUGGACGAAAGCACAGCGAAGGAGAAGAGCCCGGCCGUCUGCAGCCUCGGCCAGCUGGUGUCGCCCCGGCGUCCGGCCAUGCUGCUGGUGGUGCAGGAGAAGCGGCGGCCCGGCGGCCAUUAUGGCUUCACGUGCCGCUACAGAGAAGGCGGGGGGCUGGUGGUGGUGGAGGUGGACGACUCCCACCUCUGCGUUGACGACAGACUGGUGGAGGUGAAUGGGACACUGGUGGUCAACUGGACGCAGGAAGAGCUGACUCAGCAUCUGCUGCAGGGACCCAGUGCUCAAGUCGUGGUCCUGCGCCAGCCCCCGCCCACAGGCUUAUCCCAGCAGCAGCCUCCGCUCCCGCAGCACAUGGUCCACCCUGGUCCCGCGAAGACAGCCUGCCAAGAACAGGAUCAAGUCGCCAUGGCAACCCCUCCACGGCGGAGGUUGAUGGCCAUCUGACUAUACAGUACGAAGAGCACACAUACUGUAGAUUUGAUGAGGAUGGAGGAAAUAGUUAGUUCUUUUAACAUGUCUCCCCGCGUGAAGUGAAUGUUGUUUUUAUUUAUUUAUUUAUUUAAUGUUUUCUGUAACAAUAAACCUUUUUAGUAGAUUUUUAAUUUUCGUUUUUCAUGAAGAAGGCUACUACAGUACAGUACAGUACAAACAUAAGCCUGUCCUAUAGCGUUGUCUUGGCCUAAUGUAUAAUUCAUAUAUAAGUCUGUGGAGAAUUAUUUAUUCGAAUUGUAUUAACUCUGCAUACUCUCCCUACACCUUCCUAAAAUGAAGAACUUGAAAACAUGUGGUGCAGAGGCACAUCCUUUGUAUGGUGUCUGCCAGCUUUCUCUUUGCAGAUUAAACUUUAAGAUGGUCUGGAUUAGUGUUCAGAGCAUAGAUUUCUACAAAAAAAAAUGACUCACGUCUCCCCUUUGUAUGUUGUAAUGUAAUCCACUGUGCUGUAGGAAUAAAGCCUUGGGCCCGGAAAUGCCUCAUUUCUCAGCCUUGUUCUCC